UUUAAUUAAUUUCGAAAGACUCGCAAGAACUAUAAAAAGUCCUACAAUUCUUACUAAAAAUCAUACUUUAGUAAGACACUUACUACAACGACCAUUAAAAUGGCAUUCAAAGCUAUCCUUCUCUGUGCUGCUCUUCUGUUGGUCCAGACCAUCUCUGGCCAGAAAUGCGGCUGCUCAUCCGGCAGUUCGGGGAGCUCCAGCAGGUCAGGCGGCGCCAACUCCAUCUCCAUCUCCAGCAGCGGUGGCGACCUCUUGAUCACCAGCAUCGGCCCCAUCUCCCCCUCCGGCAUCGCCGUCUCCUCCGAGCUCGGCCUGAGCGGUGACUUGGACGUUAACGGGGAACUGCCUUUCUUGAGCGCCGUGGAGUUCUCGGGCAAGUACGAUACCACCGGCUCAGCGUGCGUGGACUACAGCUGCGGCAGCUGCGGGAACGUGGCCAUCACCAGCGUGAAGGGAGGCUCCGGCUCCGGCUGCGGCUGCCGUCGUUAAGGACCUUCAAUAACUUCUGGAAACUUUUAGUUAAUAUUUGCUAAUUAACUUCUAGUUGAACAAACAACUUAACCGAUGGAAACUGAUAAAAUAAACGUCAUUUUCAAAAAAUGCUGUGUACUUAAUUAUAAUCUGUAGAUUGUAGUUACUUAUAAGAAGUGUGAGUUCCACUAUCCAUCUUCUGGUAUCAACAUCAGAUCAGAAUCAUAAUAAGAACAUUUAUUUGCUUUUACGUUUAAAUACAUGCAAAUACAAUUAUAAAAAUAUACUCUAGAGUACUUACAUGCUAAAACUGAUUAUUCUAAGGUUAGGUAUGUUAGGAGUUAUGCAUUUUAAAAUUAAGGGGAACGUACAUGUCAUUCAAUAAGACUAAGUAUAAAUAAUAAUAAAUCAUGAUAAUGUCAGGAGUAAUUAGUCAA